AUUAAAAAGUAGAAUGUGGGAGUUGCCCAUAUUAGAGUAAUGUUUGUGGAAAAAUGUAUUUAAUCUUACGUAGUUAAAAGAAAAAUAAAAAAAAUAAUUUUUUAAGAUGAUUUGUGUAAUUUGGUAGGAGAUGCUCUUGGGUGUCAAUAAAACGACAUAGCGUUUGGUUAUAUGAGAAUUGAGAAUCUACCAGGACAAUGGGCCUGUGGCUAUCCAAUGCAAUUAAAGCCCAACCAACAAACAGUUAACUUUCCCGCUCUUUAUUUUUUUUUAUUUCUCAGGCAAAGUACCGAAUUAAGACGCCGACGUUAAAAACCCAGAUUUAAUUUGUCGGUAUAUAUACCCUUCGCCUACCUCUCAUAAAGGCAAAAUUUUAUAACGAACCAACAUAACAUUUCCUCUGAAUUUCUCUCUUUCAAUCUCUCUCUCUCUCUCUAAACAUAACAUUCUUUUGAAAUCGCAAAAAUGGUGGCAGAAGUGGGCGCUCCGUCUAGAACACGACGACCACCGGAAACAACAGUUUUUCCCGUUUCAGAGGCUAAUCUUCACAAGAAGUCGUUGUAUGUGGGUGACCUGGACCCAACUGCCGAAGAAACUGACCUUAUCGAAACGUUUCGUUUCAUGGGUCCCCUGGCCUCCGUUCGCCUCUGCCGAGACUUUUUCACCGGGAAAUCUCUUUGUUAUGCCUACGUCAACUUCUUUUCCCACUCCCAUGCUUCUAAAGCUCUAGAUUGUCUGAAUCAUACUGAACUAAAGGGUAAGCCCAUGAGAAUAAUGUGGUCUCAAAGAAAUCCUCUUCCUAGAAAAACUGGUAUUGGCAAUAUCUUUGUGAAGAAUCUCGACCGUUCGAUUACGAGUGCAGAUUUGGAGGAGAUGUUUUGCAAAUAUGGGAAUAUACAGUCUUGCAAGGUUGCCGAAGCAAAUGGCAUAAGUAAGGGUUUUGGGUUUGUCCAGUUCGACUCGGAGGACUCUGCAAAAGCUGCUGUUGGUGAUCUCCAUAGUACAAAGAUCGAGGGGAAAAAGUUAUAUGUGACAAAAUUUGUCAAGAAAAGUGAGAGGACAGCAACCAAUGAAGAAGAAACAUCAUUUACAAAUCUGUUUGUGAAAAAUAUUGAUAAAGAUAUCAGUGUGGAUUUUCUUCGAGCCAAGUUCUCACAAUUUGGAAAGGUUUCUAAUGUAGUCAUACUUAAGGAUUACGAGGGUAACUCGAGGGGUAUGGGUUUUGUAAAAUUUGAGUCCCCUGAAGACGCUAUGAUUGCUGUUGAGAGGUUGAACGGUUCACUGUUAGGAUCAAGGCACAUGUACGUGGAAAGGGCUCGUAAGAAACCUACUAUGGCGGGAAACAAAAUGCUCAACUCCCAGUUGGAAAAGGCUUCAAAUUUGCAUGUUACGAACCUAGACAUACUUGUUGACGAUAACAAACUAAGAAAACAUUUCAGUUGUUGCGGAAAUAUAACAUCAGUUCGAGUGAUGCGAGAUGAGAAUGGCGUCAGCAAAGGAUUUGGCUUUGUUCGUUUCUCUACUCACGAAGAAGCCAAGAAUGCUCUCAAAACACUUGAUGGAACUGUUUUAGAACAAAAAUCUUUGCGUGUGACCUUCGCUUGGCAGAAAGAUUAUCACCGCAAGGAGUCGCAACUCCACUACCCUCAACAAUCUUUGGAUAUUCCAAACUGGGAUAAUGCUUCUUGUUCAAUCCCUUUUGUCCCAUACAACUUCAAUCCUUCCCCGUCUUUACAUUCUCCACUCCCAUACCAGCCAUAUGAGUAUCUCAACAUUGGCAAUGAUGUUGGCCAUGUACAGUAUCCCUAUCUGUUACAGAACUACCUGCAACAAUUCUCCACAUGUGUUCCAACAAGGCAAAUGCAGCAGCCGCGCCACCAGAAUUUCCGACCCAGUCAGUCUUGUGUUCUCACCGACAUCUGAGCUAUGGGAGUCAAGGGGAUAAGAAAGGUAGCCGAACAUACAUGGAUGCAAGAACGUUAAGGAUCAUAUAGUAUAGAAUCUUCAUGGAUCUUUUACAUCUCAUUGUAUAGGAAUAUUAAGUACUCAUGUUUUCUGAAAUUGAUUUUAAAACAUUUCUUUGUUUUUGUAACUAGUUCUUUGAACAUCUCAUGUUUGAUUGCCAAUAAAUCUCUUCUUUCUUUCUGUUGAACA